GGGGCGGGGCGUGCGGCGGAUCACGUGGCCGGCGCGUUGGCUGCGGGAAGGUAAAGCAGUGCUGGAAGCGGAUUGCAGGGGUCAUGCCGUGGGGUCGUCUCUGCGCCUGCGCCCUACCGGGAUGCUGAACCUGGCGGCGCUGCUGUGGCGCCGGCUCCUGCGCAAGCGCUGGGUGCUCGCCCUGGUUUUCGGCCUCUCGCUAGUUUACUUCCUCAGCAGCACCUUCAAGCAGGAAGAGAGGGCUGUGAGAGACCGGAACCUCCUCCAGGUUCAAGACCGGGAACAGCCCAUCCCGUGGAAGGUGCAGUUUAACCUAGGCAACAGCAGCCGACCCAGCAACCAGUGCCGGAACUCUGUCCAAGGAAAACACCUCCUCACUGAUGAGCUGGGCUAUGUCUGCGAGAGGAAGGACCUGCUGGCGAAUGGCUGUUGCGACGUCAGCGUCCCCAGCACAAAGCAGUACUGCUGUGAUGGGUGCCUGGCCAAUGGCUGCUGUGAAGCCUACGAGUACUGCGUCUCCUGCUGCCUGCAGCCCAGCAAGCAACUUCUCCUGGAGCGCUUCCUCAACCGGGCAGCUGUGGCCUUCCAGAACCUCUUCAUGGCAGUUGAAGACCACUUCGAACUGUGCUUGGCUAAAUGCAGGACCUCCUCCCAGAGUGUGCAACACGAGAACACGUACCGUGACCCCAUAGCCAAGUACUGCUAUGGAGAGAGCCCGCCUGAACUCUUCCCGGCGUGAGGCCUGACGGAGAUACACACCCAGAACCAGGCUGGUCCACUGGAGUAAAGAAGGAGAAAGCCACACAAGGGUCCUUGUGGCUUUGGGUGUCUCCAGCUCCCUCACCGACAGCUGGAGCUGAUGGGCGGAGCUGUUCUGUAGAGCAGGCUGGAUGAGGUCCUGGCACCUUGCAGGCCCCUGGGACUGCUGGUCAGAGGCCAGGCACUUGCUUCUGUUUUGCUCCUACCUUGUAGUUAUUUAUUGACUUUUCAGAGUGGUGGAAGGUACGGUCAUUUUUUAAUUUUUUUGGUGCAGGACACCUCUGCCUGUCCAGAUGAAUACAUUGGAGGAGGUGACCGUUGCUCUCAUUUCCUGAGCGUCGCAUGGAUGUGCGUGCAUGCUCCUUCACCGGAUGAAAGUUAGUCUCUGGGAGUGCGGGUGUACAGACUCAGUUGUGGUUCUGUUUUAACAUCUGACCAGCAGGCCCUUGUAUCCAUACCCCAACAUUCAGGGGUAUCUGAAGCCUCAGGGAGGUGCUGGUCCCCACUGAGCCUUCAUAGAGCUGCCUCAGUGUGCUCAUAUACUGAAAUGGUAGACAGGAAGCCUGAAUCCCAGGCUGACUCUCCCAGUGGAGUUUGCUGUGUCUCCUUGAAACCCCUCAUCCUCAGGGCAGGGGAGCCCUUCCCUUGUCUGUCACAGAGGCUAGGGGGACUGCGACUGUGUGCAUGCACAGUGGCCAUUCAUUCUUGGCUGCUCUCCACGCCCGGUGGCAUUUAUAAAGAAAAGCCCCAGCUCUUAGUCCAAUCUGUCGCAAGUUUCACAUCCACCAUCAGUGGGAGACGAAUGUGGUAGCCACAGUCUAGGGAGCGUCCCAAAGGCAGGUCCAUGUCCAGUGCUCACAGGACAGUUGUUACCAGCGACUGAAACGGAGGUUUGAAGCCUAAGGUCAAGACACCUCCUCCCGUACUCUCCUGUCCUGUUUACAGGCCAGCCUUUAGCACACACUUCCUCCCAAGACCUUUGACCCACCCUUCCAGUGGACCACGGUGUUUUGUGGUUUUGGUUCAGGUUGACCUGGGAUGGACGGGCCGCGAGUCUCAAGAUUUCCUAUCGGGGCCACAUGGAACACAGCUCUUUGUACCGUCAGGAUGGAAUUUCCCUCUGCUCCCUCCUGCUUCCUCUUGCUGUUCACAUCGGAUUUGUAUUCUCUCAGCUCUACAGAAGGACAAACUGACUGUCAGUUGCUCCCUUGUUCUGUCUUGCCAUGCUGGGAUCGAACCCAGGACUUUGUGUGGGAUUGGCAAACUUGCUGUUCCUGAGCCACGGCCCUGGCCAGGGAGUUGAUUUUUAGUGUUAGAUGCCAGUGAUUCUCUUCUGUUUGCUCUGGACUUCACGGUGUGUUGACUCAAACUUGAUAGAAGAACUGGGUGAUCCUGCACGUUCUGGCACAUCCUGGAAUGUUCUGGCACGUUCUGACAUGUGCUAUAUGCGUUUGACACCAGCCUUAAACUCCUGACUCUCCUGCCCUGGGAGGAGUCCACCCUUGGUUGCCAGUGGCAUUGGUCAUAUUUAGAGUGUUGACCCAAGUUUUAGUAUGAGCAGUCACAUCUGUUGCCAGCUCUCCCCGGCUUGGCACCAGAAACGCAUGCUGUGUGCGUUUGUGAGUUUAUAGUCUGUGCCGUCAUGAUCAAGAAUCCAGUCUGCUCGUGCUUCACUCAAUUGAUGAGGACAUUGCAAGAGACAGGCCCUCCAGAGCCACAGCCAAGACAGAAUGAACAGACCCACACAGGAACUUGUCUUGAAUCCCACCCCCAUGUCCUCUAGUGCAGAAUCACCUCCAUACCGUCUCCCCCUAAGAGCAGAUGGCCUUCCAUUAUCCCAGACAGGAGAGGGCAGAGUGGUCGUCUAUAUCCACUCCAAGUCUGUAACACGAAUGUCACUUUCAAAUUGGC